CCACAUGCAAGAUCCGUGCUCUGAGCAACAAGCGACCCAAGCAUACGCAGUCACCAGUUCGAGCACAGCCACAGAGGUCUUCAUCAUGAAUGUUGACGACGUCGAAGACCGCGAUGGCGUUCGCCUGUCCUGGAACGUCUGGCCUUCGACCAAGGUCGAGGCUACCAGGACUGUUGUCCCAGUCGCGGCCCUGUACACGCCGCUGAAGGAGAGGGAGGACUUGCCUCCAGUCAUGUAUGAACCAGUUGUGUGCAAGGAACCUUGCAGAGCGGUGCUCAACCCAUACUGCCAAAUCGAUGUCCGUGGCAAGCUAUGGAUCUGCCCAUUCUGUCUCUCGCGUAACGCCUUCCCGCCGCACUACCGCGACAUCAGCAAUACCAACCUGCCGGCCGAGCUGCUGCCCAAAUACACGACGAUUGAAUACACACUGAGUAGGCCCGCACAGGUUCCUCCUAUCUUCCUGUACGUCGUCGACACGUGCAUGGAGGAUGAUGACCUCAAGGCGCUCCGCGAGACGCUCGUCGUCUCCCUCAGCUUGCUCCCGCCCGACGCACUCGUCGGUCUCAUCACAUAUGGCACGAUGGCUCAGGUCCACGAGCUCGGUUAUGAGACAUGCCCCAAGAGCUAUGUCUUCCGCGGCACAAAGGAGUACGCCCCCAAGCAGAUCCAGGACAUGCUUGGUCUUACCCCUGGCGGCAGGCCUGUUGCACCUGUGCCGGGCCAGCCAGGUGGGCCAUCGCAGCCUCACGCGCCGCAGGGGCGACAGGGUGCUUCGCGCUUCCUCCUUCCCGUCUCGCAGUGCGAGUACGGCCUGACGAACAUCCUCGAGCAGCUGCAACGCGACCCUUGGCCGGUCGCCAACGACCGCCGCGCGCAGCGCUGCACGGGUGCUGCGCUCAGCGUUGCCGUCGGCAUGCUGGAGACUACGUUCCCCAAGACGGGGGGCCGCAUCAUGCUCUUCUGCGGAGGCCCAUGCACGGAAGGCCCGGGGAACGUCGUUUCCACCGAGCUGCGCGAGCGCAUCAGGUCGCACCACGACAUUGACAAGGACAACGUCAAGUACUACAAGCGUGCCGUCAAGUUCUACGAUGCGCUAGCCCGUCGCGCCGCCAGCAACGGGCACGCAGUUGAUGUCUUCGCAGGAUGCUUGGACCAGGUCGGGCUGCUGGAGAUGAAGGGCUUGAGCAACAUGACGAACGGACACAUGAUCCUGACAGACAGCUUCCAGAUGGGUAUAUUCAAGCAGUCCUUCCAGAGGGUCUUUGAAAAGAAUGCCGAGGGCCAGCUGCAGUUGGGUUUUAACGCUACAUUCAAUGUCCAGUGCACCAAAGAGCUCAAGGUGUCCGGUCUCAUCGGGCAUGCCGUCUCGAACAACAAGAAGACCGGAUGUGUCGGCGAGACCGAGAUCGGCAUCGGCCAGACGUCCGAAUGGAAGAUAUGUAGCAUCAAUCCGCGCACCUCUGUCGGCGUCUACUUUGAAGUCGUCACGCCCGCCGGCCAACCUUUGCAGCCCGGCAGUAGGGGUCUGAUCCAGUUCGUCACACACUACCAGCAUUCAUCCGGCCAAUACCGGCUGCGCGUUACAACUAUUGCACGCAACUUUGCCGAGGGUGCCAGCGCACAGAUUGCCCCGUCCUUCGAUCAAGAAGCAGCAGCGGUGCUCAUGGCGCGGAUUGCUGUGUUCAAGGCGGAAAUCGACGACAGCCCCGAUGUGCUGAGGUGGCUUGACAGGAUGCUCAUCCGUCUGUGUCAAAAGUUUGCGCAGUACAUUAAAGACGAUGCCACCUCCUUCCGCCUCGGAGAGAACUUUUCCAUCUACCCGCAGUUCAUGUUCCAUCUGCGCAGGUCUCAGUUCUUGCAGGUAUUCAACAAUUCACCUGACGAGACGGCUUUCUACAGGCACGUGCUCAACGCAGAAGACGUCAACAACUCGCUGAUCAUGAUCCAGCCGACCCUCAUGUCGUACGGCUUCGACUCAGAACCUCAGCCUGUGCUGCUUGACUCGGUCUCGAUCCGGCCCGACGUCGUCCUGCUGCUCGACACCUUCUUCCACAUCCUCAUCUUCCACGGCUCAACCGUCGCCGAGUGGCGUAAAGCGGGUUACCAGGACCAGGAGGGCUAUGAGAACUUCAAGGAGGUGCUCGAGAACCCUAAGAGCGAUGCACAGGAAUUGCUCGCGGAUCGAUUCCCGGUGCCGCGAUACAUUGUCUGCGACCAGGGCGGCAGUCAGGCGCGUUUCUUGCUCAGCAAGCUCAACCCGUCCACGACGCACAUGAGCGGAGGGAUGUACGGCAACCAGGGUACUGGCGCUGCCAUCUUUACAGACGAUGUGAGCCUCCAAGUAUUCAUGGAGCACCUCAAGCGUCUCGCUGUCGGUGCCAGUGGCACAUGAGCGUGGCGAGGGACAAGGGGAAACUUUUACUGGCAAACGAGGUGUAGUGGACCAAAGAAAGAUAUAUGCACACA